UUUGUUGUUUUUAACAGGUUGAAGCCUGAAAAUUUAUUUUUAAUACAUUUAAGAGACUUGGAUUUUUUCCUAUUUUUUAGACAUUUAAAAAUGCUUUCUCUCCCAACUGAAGUUCAACUUGAUGUAUUAAAAUGUCUUAAAUUCAACCAAUUAUUUGAUAUUAAACUAACAAAUUUUUACUUUUGCAAUUUAAUUAAUAAAUAUGAGGGAAGAUUGGCACGAAUGAAAUUUAAAAGAAUUUCAAUAGUAAAUCUUAUUAACCAACUUAUUUUUAUUUAAAUAUUAAUUUUGGGUUGAUCUUGACGGUCUUCAAUUGUUAUUUUCAUAUAAAUUUAUUGAACCUGAAUCUGGAAUUUUUGAAUUUACUUUGAAUGAUCAACUUAAACAGAAGUGGCAAGAAGCGAUAGACAAAUCAUUUCCGUUGUUCUUAUAUAAUAUAGAACCAGAAGAAAGAAGAUUUGUCUGUAUUAGAGGUUCAUUUUUAGUGCCUAGGUGAAAAUAUGUAUG